AUGUCAAGUUCAGGAGCUAAAUAUUUAGAAGAUGAAGUUUUAAUGGGUGCUUUGCUUUAUAGAAAAUCAAGCAUGGAUCUAUUGCAGAAUUGUGAUCUUCCACCGCCGUUGAAGGUGUUUUCCGGGCCGGAUAAGACGGUCAUAUCAUCGAUGAAUAGGGUUUUUAGCACGAUGGGAUCAAAAGAAGAUGAAAACAUUAAUGAUUUUGAUGCAUAUGGAAGUUAUGGUGAGGUUUUGAAGGCACUGAGAUUAUCACAAACAAGAGCGAGAGAAGCCGAGAAGAAAGCUGUAAGUUUAGCUGAGGAGAAGGGUUGUCUUUCCAAUGCUUUGUUGAGAGAGUCGAUGAACGUAUUUGCUUAUCGUCAAUGGGUUAGGUUACUUGAUGUUCAAGUUAUGAAGCUGCAAUCAGAAUUGAAAUAUCGAGAAAAGAAACGGUGCUGUUGUAACCGUGCUAGACCAAGAGAAGAUGUUAAAGAAUCAUCGAAAGAGGCUGAUAAUGGUGGCGGUGGCAGCGGUGGUGUGUCUUGGAUUUUGGCCUUGGUAUUCUGUUUGGGGAUUGCAGGAGAGUUCUUUUUCAAUGCGGAGAUUUUCAUCGUUGAGCUUCUACAUGAUCACAUUAUGAGAGUUUAUCAGCCGACCCCAAUUAACUUGGGAUUAGAGCUAUUUGAUGUUGAUGUUGAUGUUGAUGUUGAGUAUAUGAUACAAUGGUAG